GAGGCUGCUUCGCUGCACACCCGAGAAAGUUUCAGCCAAACUUCGGGCGGCGGCUGUGGCGGCGGCCCAGGAACGGCGGACUCGGGGUGCAGGGAGUGGAGACACUGAAGCCUGAGCUUCGGGGCGCCGCGCGAGGCCGUGAGCCGCGGAAGUAGGAGGAGGGGAGGAGAAAGCGGGGGCUCCCCUGUCGGGACCCCCUCCCCAUGUGGAUCUGCCCAGGCGGCGGCGGCGGAGGAGGAGGCGACCGAGAAGAUGCCCGCCCUGCGCCCCGCUCCGCUGUGGGCGCUGCUGGCACUGUGGCUGUGCCGCGCGGCCCCGGCGCGUGCAUUGCAAUGUCGGGAUGGCUAUGAGCCCUGUGUAAAUGAAGGAAUAUGUGUUACCUACCACAAUGGUACAGGAUACUGCAAAUGUCCAGAGGGCUUCCUGGGAGAAUAUUGUCAACAUCGAGACCCCUGUGAGAAGAAUCGCUGCCAGAAUGGUGGGACGUGUGUGGCCCGGGCUAUGUUGGGGAAGGCCACGUGCCGAUGUGCCCUGGGCUUCACGGGCGAGGACUGCCAGUACUCCACUACUCACCCCUGCUUCGUGUCUCAGCCCUGCCUGAACGGAGGCACCUGCCACGUGCUUGGCCGGGACACCUAUGAGUGCACCUGCCAAGUUGGCUUUACAGGUAAACUGUGCCAGUGGACUGAUGCCUGCCUGUCCCACCCCUGUGCAAAUGGAAGUACCUGCACCACUGUGGCCAACCAGUUCUCCUGCACAUGCCUCGCAGGCUUCACGGGGCAGAAGUGUGAGACUGACGUCAAUGAGUGUGACGUUCCAGGGCAGUGCCAGCACGGGGGCACCUGCCUCAACCUCCCGGGUUCCUAUCAGUGCCAGUGCCCCCAGGGCUUCACAGGCCAGCAUUGCGACAGUCCCUACGUGCCGUGUGCGCCCUCCCCCUGUGUCAACGGGGGCACCUGCCGCCAGACCGGCGACUUUACCUUUGAGUGCAGCUGCCUUCCAGGUUUUGAAGGAGUCACCUGUGAGCGGAACAUAGACGACUGUCCUAACCACAAGUGUCAGAAUGGAGGGGUUUGUGUGGAUGGGGUCAAUACGUACAACUGCCGCUGUCCCCCUCAGUGGACAGGACAGUUCUGCACAGAGGAUGUGGAUGAGUGCCUGCUGCAACCCAAUGCCUGUCAGAACGGGGGCACCUGUACCAACCGCAAUGGGGGCUACGGCUGUGUGUGUGUGAAUGGCUGGAGUGGGGACGACUGCAGUGAGAACAUCGAUGAUUGUGCCUUCGCCUCCUGCACCCCGGGCUCUACCUGCAUCGAUCGUGUGGCCUCCUUCUCUUGUAUGUGCCCAGAAGGAAAGGCAGGUCUCUUAUGUCAUCUGGAUGAUGCGUGCAUCAGCAACCCCUGCCACAAGGGGGCGCUGUGCGACACCAACCCUCUGAAUGGACAGUAUAUUUGCACCUGCCCACAAGGCUACAAAGGCAGUGACUGUACGGAAGAUGUGGAUGAGUGUGCCAUGGCUAACAGCAAUCCUUGUGAGCAUGCAGGAAAAUGUGUGAACACAGAUGGUGCCUUCCACUGUGAGUGUCUGAAGGGCUAUGCAGGACCUCGUUGUGAGAUGGACAUCAAUGAGUGCCACUCAGACCCCUGCAAGAAUGAUGCCACCUGUCUGGAUAAGAUCGGAGGCUUCACGUGUCUGUGCAUGCCAGGUUUCAAAGGUGUGCAUUGUGAGUUGGAGAUAAAUGAAUGUCAGAGCAACCCUUGUGUGAACAAUGGACAGUGUGUGGAUAAAGUCAAUCGCUUCCAGUGUCUGUGUCCGCCUGGAUUCACGGGGCCCGUUUGCCAGAUCGAUAUUGACGACUGCUCUAGUACUCCAUGUCUGAAUGGGGCAAAGUGUAUAGAUCACCCGAAUGGUUAUGAGUGCCAGUGUGCCACAGGAUUCACUGGUGUGUUAUGUGAGGAAAACAUCGACAACUGUGACCCUGAUCCCUGCCACCACGGCCAGUGUCAGGAUGGCAUUGAUUCCUACACCUGCAUCUGCAAUCCGGGCUACAUGGGUGCCAUCUGCAGUGACCAGAUAGAUGAAUGCUAUAGCAGCCCUUGCCUGAAUGAGGGUCGCUGCAUCGACCUGGUGAAUGGUUACCAGUGCAACUGCCAGCCAGGCACGUCAGGCGUUAAUUGUGAAAUCAAUUUUGAUGACUGUGCAAGUAACCCAUGUGUCCAUGGAGUCUGUAUGGAUGGCGUUAAUCGUUACAGCUGUGUUUGCUCACCAGGAUUCACAGGGCAGAGAUGUAACAUUGACAUUGAUGAGUGUGCCUCCAAUCCCUGUCGCAAGGGUGCAACGUGCAUCAAUGAUGUGAACGGCUUCCGCUGUAUCUGCCCUGAGGGGCCCCACCAUCCCAGCUGCUACUCACAGGUGAACGAGUGCCUAAGCAAUCCCUGUGUCCAUGGAAACUGCACUGGGGGCCUCACUGGAUACAAGUGCCUCUGUGAUGCAGGCUGGGUUGGCAUCAACUGUGAAGUGGACAAAAAUGAAUGUCUUUCUAAUCCAUGCCAGAACGGGGGAACUUGUGACAAUCUGGUGAAUGGAUACAGGUGCACUUGCAAGAAAGGCUUUAAAGGCUAUAACUGCCAGGUGAAUAUUGAUGAAUGUGCUUCGAAUCCAUGUCUGAACCAAGGAACCUGCUUUGAUGAUGUAAGCGGUUAUACUUGCCACUGUGUACUGCCAUACACAGGCAAGAACUGUCAGACCGUAUUGGCUCCCUGUUCCCCAAACCCUUGUGAGAAUGCUGGUAUUUGCAAAGAGGCACCAAAUUUUGAGAGUUACACCUGCCUGUGUGCUCCUGGCUGGCAAGGUCAGCGGUGUACCAUCGACAUUGAUGAGUGUGUCUCCAAGCCCUGCAUGAACCACGGUCUCUGCCAUAACACCCAGGGCAGCUACAUGUGUGAAUGUCCGCCAGGCUUCAGUGGCAUGGACUGUGAGGAGGACAUUGAUGACUGCCUUGCCAAUCCUUGCCAGAAUGGAGGUUCCUGUGUAGAUGGAGUGAAUACGUUCUCCUGCCUGUGCCUUCCGGGCUUCACUGGGGAUAAGUGUCAGACAGACAUGAAUGAGUGUCUGAGUGAGCCCUGUAAGAACGGAGGGACCUGCUCUGACUACGUCAACAGUUACACCUGCAAGUGCCCGGCGGGCUUUGGCGGAGUCCACUGUGAGGACGACAUCGACGAGUGCACCGAGAGCUCCUGUUUCAAUGGUGGCACGUGUAUCGAUGGGAUUAACUCCUUCUCUUGCUUGUGCCCUGUGGGCUUCACCGGUUCCUUCUGCCUCCAUGAGAUCAAUGAAUGCAACUCUCAUCCAUGCCAGAAUGAAGGAGUAUGUGUUGAUGGCCUGGGUACCUACCGCUGCAUCUGCCCAUUGGGCUACACUGGAAAAAACUGUCAGACCUUGGUGAACCUCUGUAGUCGGUCUCCCUGUAAAAACAAAGGCACCUGCAUUCAGGAUAAAGCAGAGUCGCGGUGUCUGUGUCCGUCUGGGUGGGCUGGCGCUUACUGCGAUGUGCCCAGCGUCUCCUGUGAGGUGGCAGCCUCCCACAGAGGGGUGCCCGUUGACCGCUUGUGCCAGCACUCAGGCGUCUGCAUCAGUGCGGGCAACUCGCAUCACUGCCAGUGCCCCCUGGGCUACACCGGGAGCUACUGUGAGGACCAGCUUGAUGAGUGCUCGUCCAAUCCCUGCCAGCACGGCUCCACCUGCCGGGACUUCAUUGGUGGAUACAGAUGUGAGUGUGUCCCUGGAUAUCAGGGUGUCAACUGCGAGUAUGAAGUGGAUGAGUGCCAGAACCAGCCAUGCCAGAAUGGAGGCACCUGUAUUGACCUUGUGAACCACUUCAAGUGCUCCUGCCCACCAGGCACUCGGGGCCUGCUUUGUGAAGAGAACAUUGACGACUGUGCCAGGGGCCCCCACUGCCUUAAUGGUGGCCAGUGUGUAGACAGGAUUGGGGGCUACAGCUGUCGCUGCUUGCCAGGCUUUGCUGGAGAACGCUGUGAGGGGGACAUCAACGAGUGCCUGUCCAACCCCUGCAGCUCCGAGGGCAGCCUGGACUGCAUACAGCUCACCAACGACUACCUGUGCGUCUGCCGCAGCACCUUCACUGGUCGUCACUGUGAAACGUUCGUCGACGUGUGUCCCCAGAUGCCUUGCCUGAAUGGAGGCACUUGUGCUGUGGCCAGCAACAUGCCCGAUGGUUUCAUCUGCCGUUGUCCCCCGGGCUUCUCUGGGGUGCGGUGCCAGAGCAGCUGCGGACAGGUGAAGUGCAGAAGAGGGGAGCAGUGUGUGCACACAGCCUCGGGCCCCCGCUGCUUCUGCCCCAACCCCCAGGACUGUGACUCGGGCUGCGCCAGUAGCCCCUGCCAGCAUGGGGGGAGCUGCUACCCUCAGCGCCAGCCCCCGUACUACUCGUGCCAGUGUGCCCCGCCGUUCCGGGGCAGCCACUGUGAACUCUACACCGCGCCCACCAGCACCCCUCCCGCCACCUGCCUGAGCCAGUAUUGUGCCGACAAAGCUCGGGACGGCAUCUGCGAUGACGUGUGCAACAGCCAUGCCUGCCAGUGGGAUGGGGGGGACUGUUCCCUCACCAUGGAGGACCCCUGGGCCAACUGCUCCUCCCCGCUGCCCUGCUGGGAGUACAUCAACAACCAGUGCGACGAGCUGUGCAACACGGCCGAGUGCCUGUUUGACAACUUUGAAUGCCAGAAGAGUAGCAAGACAUGCAAAUAUGACAAAUACUGUGCAGACCACUACGAAGACAACCACUGUGACCAGGGUUGCAACAGUGAGGAGUGUGGCUGGGAUGGGCUGGACUGUGCUGCUGACCGGCCGGAAAACCUGGCCGAGGGCACCCUGGUCAUCGUGGUGCUGAUGCCGCCUGAGCAGCUGCUCCAGGACGCCCGCAGAUUCCUGCGGGCACUGGGCACCCUGCUCCACACCAACCUCCGCAUCAAACGGGACGCCCAGGGGGAGCUCAUGGUCUACCCCUAUUAUGGUGGGAAGUCAGCCGCCAUGAAGAAGCAGAGAUUGACACGCAGGUCCCUUCCUGGAGAUCAAGAACAGGAAGUGGCUGGCUCUCAGGUAUUUCUGGAGAUUGACAACCGCCAGUGUGUUCAAGACUCAGACCAGUGCUUUAAGAACACAGAUGCGGCAGCAGCUCUUCUGGCUUCUCACGCCAUCCAGGGGACCCUGUCGUACCCACUUGUGUCUGUCGUCAGUGAAUCUCUGACCCCAAAACCCACUCAGCUUCUCUAUCUGCUUGCCGUUGCCGUCGUCAUUAUCUUGUUUAUUAUCCUGCUGGGGGUUAUCAUGGCAAAGCGAAAGCGCAAGCAUGGCUCCCUCUGGCUGCCGGAAGGGUUCACCCUCCGCCGUGACUCCAGCAACCACAAACGUCGUGAGCCAGUGGGCCAGGAUGCUGUGGGCCUCAAAAAUCUCUCAGUGCAAGUCUCAGAGGCUAACCUAAUUGGUUCUGGAACAAGUGAACACUGGGUUGACGAUGAAGGGCCCCAGCCUAAGAAAGCCAAGGCUGAAGAUGAGGCUCUGCUUUCAGAAGAAGAUGACCCCAUCGAUCGGCGUCCGUGGACACAGCAGCACCUGGAAGCUGCAGACAUCCGUCGGACACCAUCGCUGGCUCUCACCCCUCCACAGGCGGAGCAGGAGGUGGAUGUGCUGGAUGUGAACGUCCGCGGUCCAGAUGGGUGCACCCCACUGAUGCUGGCUUCUCUCCGAGGAGGCAGCUCAGACAUGAGUGAUGAAGAUGAAGAUGCAGAGGACUCUUCUGCCAACAUCAUCACGGACUUAGUGUACCAGGGUGCCAGCCUCCAAGCACAGACAGACCGGACGGGUGAGAUGGCCCUGCAUCUCGCAGCCCGAUACUCAAGGGCAGAUGCUGCCAAGCGUCUCCUGGAUGCAGGUGCAGAUGCCAAUGCCCAGGACAACAUGGGCCGCUGCCCUCUCCACGCCGCGGUGGCCGCGGACGCCCAGGGGGUCUUCCAGAUUCUGAUCCGCAACCGAGUAACUGAUCUAGACGCCAGGAUGAAUGAUGGCACUACACCCCUGAUCCUGGCUGCCCGCCUGGCUGUGGAGGGAAUGGUGGCAGAACUAAUCAACUGCCAAGCAGAUGUGAACGCAGUGGAUGACCAUGGAAAAUCUGCCCUUCACUGGGCAGCUGCUGUGAAUAAUGUGGAGGCAACCCUUUUGCUGUUGAAAAAUGGGGCCAACCGGGACAUGCAGGACAACAAGGAGGAGACACCCCUGUUUCUUGCUGCCCGGGAGGGGAGCUAUGAAGCAGCCAAGAUCCUGUUAGACCAUUUUGCCAAUCGGGACAUCACAGACCACAUGGAUCGUCUUCCCCGGGACGUAGCCCGGGACCGCAUGCACCACGACAUCGUGCGCCUGCUGGACGAGUACAACGUGACCCCCAGCCCUCCCGGCACGGUGCUGACUUCUGCGCUCUCACCCGUCAUCUGUGGGCCCAACAGACCUUUUCUCAGUCUGAAGCAUACCCCAAUGGGCAAGAAGUCUAGACGGCCUAACACCAAGAGUGCCGUGCCCACUAGCCUCCCUAACCUUGCCAAGGAGGCCAAGGAUGCCAAGGGGAACAGGAGGAAGAAGUCUCUGAGUGACAAGGGCCAGCUGUCUGAGAGCUCAGUGACUCUGUCCCCCGUCGAUUCCCUAGAAUCUCCCCACACAUAUGUUUCUGACACCACCUCCUCGCCAAUGAUCACAUCUCCCGGAAUCUUACAGGCCUCCCCCAACCCCAUGCUGGCCACUGCCGCCCCCGCUGCCCCAGUCCAUGCACAGCAUGCACUGUCUUUCUCUAACCUUCAUGAGAUGCAGCCCCUGGCUCAUGGGGCCAACACUGUGCUUCCCUCGGUGAGCCAGCUGCUGUCCCACCACCACAUUGUGCCCCCAGGCAGCAGCACCGCAGGGAGCUUGGGUAGGCUACAUCCAGUCCCUGUCCCGGCCGACUGGAUGAACCGCGUGGAGAUGAAUGAGAGCCAGUACAACGAGAUGUUCGGUAUGGUCCUGGCUCCAGCUGAGGGCACCCACCCUGGCAUGGCUCCCCAGAGCAGGCCGCCCGAAGGGAAGCAUUUAACCACCCCCCGAGAGCCCUUGCCCCCCAUUGUGACUUUCCAGCUCAUCCCCAAAGGCAGCAUUGCCCAGCCAACUGGGGCUGCCCAGCCUCCGUCCAACUGCCCUCCAGCCGUUGCAGGCACCCUGCCCACCAUGUAUCAGAUUCCAGAAAUGGCUCGCUUACCCAGUAUGGCUUUUCCCACUGCCAUGAUGCCCCAGCAGGACGGGCAGGUUGCUCAGACCAUUCUCCCAGCCUAUCACCCCUUCCCAGCCUCCGUGGGCAAGUAUCCCACACCCCCGUCACAGCAUAGCUAUGCUUCCUCCAAUGCUGCUGAGAGAACGCCCAGUCACAGUGGUCACCUCCAGGGUGAGCAUCCCUACCUGACACCGUCACCAGAGUCUCCUGACCAGUGGUCAAGUUCAUCACCCCACUCUGCUUCUGACUGGUCAGAUGUGACCACCAGCCCCACUCCUGGGGGCGCUGGAGGAGGUCAACGGGGACCUGGGACACACAUGUCUGAGCCACCACGCAGCAACAUGCAGGUUUAUGCAUGAAAGAGUCUGCCUCCAGCCUAGACACAGAACUCCUCUUGUAAAUGCUGCUGAGGAACAAAUGAAGGUCAUCCGGGAAAGAAAUGAAGAAAUCUCUGGAACCAGCUUCUGAAGGCAGGAGAGAGGAGAGGCUCUUAUCUUGUAGAUAAUGCGAAGAAGCGAGUUCAUUAGCUUCACUGUGCAUCUGUGGAACACGGAAGGGACAAGGCUCCUUGUAAUCUCUUGCCCGUCAAGUCCCCGAGUUCAUGGAACUGCAAGAUGAAUACAAGACUUGGGACCACAUUUCCUCUCUUCAAGACAGAGAAUAAGAUGGAUGCCUGUUGUAGACAUUCUUGCAGCCUGGAGUGCAUUUUUCAGCCUUGGGGGCUUCUGCCAUAUCCAUGAGAAGAUUCUGCAGUAGAUUCCUACUGGGAAUUGUGCCCUGGAAUUCUUCCAGAAGUGACCUGUCUCCUAUUCUUAUCCUUGGAAAAUUCUUUUGACUUCAUUUGGUGCUUUAAUUGUGCACCUCUCUGUGGCUGGAACCCCACCUGCAUGUUCCAGGGCAGGACCUUUGUGCUUUGAAUCAUGCCUGCUCUGGAGGCACCUGCAGCCUCCCCUUUCCCUCCUGUUUUCCCAGUGUCCCUAGGAGCCUCACAGGGUUUACCUUUAUGGUCCCAGCAGAAACCUUUCAAGUAUGUUUCUUUAGAAAAUGGACAUAGUCCUUUCUCCUACAUAUCAUUCUUAAAAGAAGGGGAGCAAAAUAUUUUUCUUUGAACCCAUUUAGGGGACCAGGACCCCCUUCAAGAAGCUGCCCCUAAAUUCUCUUGCCUACAUUCUGGGUUCCUACAAACCUUACCAGGAAGAAAAGUAAGGAUCUUCUUUUUUUCCAUUUGUCUGCCUAGUAAGUGUGAAGGUUUAUCCUUGGCAGUGUAGCUAAUAUGACCCCUUUAAAAAACAAAACCCAAACAGACCAAGGUUUAGAAUGUUGGAAUGACCAAGAGAGCCAAGAGAGAAGCUAACUCAUUGAAGAAGUGAUUACCCACUAACUGGUCCCUGCCAAGCAUUCUGUUGUCUGCCAACAUCAAACACAUUGAUACAGGCCUUAGAACCCUUGGCCUGCUUCACUCACACAUCCAGCAGAUGGAGACUGUUGUAAUUGUUGAGCCUUCAAACAACAUUCCCUUGCCAUUUAGAACUGAACUUUCAUCUGCUCAAGGGCCUCCUCCCCAACCCCUUUGACAGUCAUCUUCCCCUAGUCAGGUGGUCACAGUCUCUACUUCCUGACAUUCUUUCUGAUCCCAGGCCCCUUUGCCUAUCUUCCUGCCACACUUCGUGGUCUGAUUACUGGUGCACCCAGUAACACCUGGGUUUUCUGUGUUCAAGUGCGGGAAAUAGAAUCCUGGCCUAGUUUCUGUGGCCAAAGCCAGUCUUACAAGAAGGUUGGAAAGGGAGGAAUUACGAGGUAGCCUUUGCUAUUUUCUGUUCCCAGUUCCUUUUCUUUCAGGCGGUCAUGAGAUUUCCCAUUAGGCAGGUAACAUAGACACUUAUCAGGGAUGUUUUCCUCUCAUAGAGUCACCUUCUAGAUGAUAAUGGACAAAAAUAGACUUACUGUCUUGUCAUCUUAAUGUUCAGAGUGUGAUUGCAUCUCACCCAAGUCUGCUUCCUGUGUUUGUGAUCUUGGCAACUUUUUUGACCCUCUGUCAAGGACAUGCAUUCUAUCCAACACUAGAAAGAGGAGAAAAGUAGUUUUAAUUCCUCUUCUCCCUGAGUUAGCUAACAACUGGUUCUGUCUCCACACUGUCACUUUUGCCCGGUGCUAUGAUAUCAUGACAAUGGAAAAUUGGUUCUUCUGGGGGCAUUUUGUAGCUAUUAAUACGUGGUCUGCCCACUCCAUGUUGGCUUCAAUGAUAGUUUUCCUUACUGCCUUGCCUGAGAGUGUUCAUCAGUUCUUCCCAUUUACCAGAUUUAUCUGUCCAUGGCUUCAUAUGGAAACCCUAUGUGUCUUUUAGCAUGGAAGUCUACAAAGAGUUUUUCUAGUCCUGCCCAAGUUCACUGAACUAAAAAUAUAAUUCAUUUUUCCCUGAUAUAAGCAGAUUAUUUUUUCACUCUGUAUUUUAUUCUCUCACGUGGCAACUCUCUCAACCCCUUUCAUAGUGUGAAGCAUUUUAUCAUUCUGAAUGGUGAUUCUUUAUCCUUGGACCUAUUCGUUGAUUCACAGAUGGGGAGGACCCGUCUCCAUGGACCACUGUGGACCUCACCACAUCUACACUUCUCUGUCAUCCCAUUCCGGCCCCCCUUCUUCAGAGUGUCAGCUCUGAUCCAGCAGCUUGACCCCUUAUAGCUUCCUCCAUCUGUAAGCACACUGUGGGCCUAACUUGCUUGCUCCUCUUUGGGAUCCUUUGGGUUUUGCAGAAAUAAAUAUGAAAGCUGCCAUUACAAACAACAGGCUUCAGUGAUAAGGAAGAAGACACUGCCUUUCAAGCAUUUAUCAGUCACUUAGAUUGUUAAGAACUUGUGAGUUGUAUUGAGUAAAAGAGAAAAUAAGAUGAAGAAUCACUUUCUCAUUUGGGUUCUGAAGUAGAGACUUAAGUUUGUAUGGGAAACAUAUUUUAUGACAGGUCUAGGUCACCCUCUUUGCCCCUCGCAUUCUUGUUUUAUCUUUAUAAAUUCUUCCUUUGAGUCAUCUUCUGUCUGCCUUUGGGGGUAUAUUUUUUGUUUGUUUCUUUUAUUUUAUAUUAAGCAUCAUUUUCUGAUUUACAUGUUGGUGAGGGAAGGGAGAGGUUUGAGGGAAAGAGAGAGUGAGAGUUAAAGAUUUUAUGUAAGCAAUCAGCUAUGAUGCACAAGUCCAUUCUCAUCAUUAUUAAGUUUGCUAGUUCAUAAUUCUUGCAUAAAAGAGAACCAAAGGUGUAAUAUUCUGUUGGCAAGUGGUUUGGGGAUUUUGGCCUUAACUAAUAUACUGAAUGUAUGAUGACUGAGAGGACAAGUUUAUAUGCCCAGAGGCUCCCACUCAUAACUGUUUGGUACUGUGGCUUCUUACUUGUGUACAUUUCUCUUAAAAGUGAUAUGAUAUCUGUUUGUAUGAGAAACCCAAUAACCAAUAAAAUGACUGCAUAUUCCUAACUAUACAUGGUAAGGAAAAUGCACAAUUUGUUUUUAAUUUUCAAAGUUUCAUUCUAAAAGUAGUUAUGACAAAAUUUAUAUGGAAGCAUUUUUAUCAUAAAAUAAAAAAGUUACAUGUCAAGCUCAA